ACAACCCCAAUUCCCAAUAAAAAUCUCUAAAAAUCUAAAUCCCAUUUUGCAAUGCCACCUCUACCGACACCGUCGCCAUUCCCACACGUGUACGGCACUCGGUGGCAUGUCUAUAACGAGCGCGGUCGCGAACGCUGCCGCCGCCGCCGCCGCGGCCGGUGCAGGCAAGAAAGCGGCGCAGGUGCAGUUGCAGGCCGAGCUGAACACUGACGAUGAAUGGAACAAGUUUAUACUCCGAGACGGUUUACUUGUGGUAGAUGUUUUCACUGAAUGGUGUGGACCGUGCAUCGGCAUGGUGGGGAACCUGAAGAAGAUCAAGGUGGAGAUUGGUGGUGACAAUCUACAUUUAGCAGUAGCAAAAGCGGAUACCAUAACAUGUUUAAAAAGAUUCAGAAACCGUAGUGAGCCAACUUGGAUGUUUCUUGCGGGAGGCCAAUUGAUUAACGUUGUCUUUGGUGCCGACGCUCCACGCUUAGCUCGCACUAUAGUUGAGGAGCUCCAAAACGAGGAGUUGGUGAAGAAAGGAGAACGUGAACGACCCAAGCGAGCACCUCACGAACUUACGCCACCUGAACAGGAGCUGGCAGUAGCUCAAGAAAAGCUAAAUCAACAACGUCGGGAAAAAGAAGCUGUCGCAGCCGAGACAGCGCGUAAUUUGAGGCGGGAGUCGAGAGCUAAGCGUCUUGAGAUACAUUUUACAGACGUUUGUCCCGCACUCAUGAUGCCCCAUGCACAGAAAAACCUUAGGAAAGUCUCUGAUGCCUUAGAACCUUACGGUGUUCUGGUCGCGGAUAAAUGCCCACUUGUACUCGGCAAGCAUGGAGCAAGAAUACUCGCAAUGGAAGACCCAGAGUUCGAAAACCCAGAGGCCGUAUCGUCACUUAUUGAGAGACCGUCACUGGCCUUGCUGUUAAAAAAAUUGCCAGAUAGAGAAGGAAAUAUAAUUGAAAUAGCCCGUCGAACCCUUUUUGGAGACGGUUUGGAAAUGGAUGAUGAACAAGCAAAGAAGCUUCCGUCAGAGGAAUUGAAAGCUAAUGGUAUUCCGGGCUUAUUUGUGCCCGCAGACCGACACCAGCGGGCUUCCAUACUCGAUUUAUUAUUCCCGAAGUUGGUAGGUGGUCUCGUGGAGCCCCCUACAUCGCCGGAUCCACCGCAUAUCGCAAUGAUAUUCGGAGCAUGGCAGCGCAGAGCAGUUUUAACUAUGGCAUCUACGGCGAAGUUAACAAACAGACUUCUUCGCUACGGAUUUUUCACUGAUGCGAAUGUAGACGAACCCAAGUUGCUCUGUAAGACCGUCGAAAAAUACGAAGAUAGGGUGGAAAAAGAUUAUUCCGAGACAAUAGUCCUAAUGAUAGCCGUCGGCGUAGCGGAGCCAGCUUUGGCGGACCCUAAAGAUAUUCCUCCAGAAGGUCCACCAGAAGAACUGAUGACUCUGGGACCGUUGCAUGUUAGCGAGGAUACUGUAGUAGGAGCUGAGGAAUGUGAAAGAUUCUUUCCACCGGGAUACAGCGAACCAGAGCACAAGCCGAAACCGAAGUCCAAAAAGAAGAAGAAGAAGCGCCACGACACUAAAGACGAAACAAUGGACGAGAGCGUCGGCGACACAACAAACGAUAAUAUCGAAGAAGGGAAUGGUGAAGCCGGAUCCGCAGACGGGGAGGGGGAGGGAGACGGUGACGUGGAAGGAGAAGGCGAUGGGGAACUGGAAGGAGAUGGGGAGGACGAGGGGGAGGAGGACGACACGCAUGUUGAUAAAGCAACUUCUCCGCCACCGACAACUGCUUAG